AUGGUUCAGAUUAAAAAACAGGACAGGACAGGGAUGCCUAAGAGAAGUCAAGAAGCCAAGAGAGGAUCCUCAUCCAGUCAAAUGGAUCCGAAUGCCCCCAAAAUGGAUAUUAAGUCCAUCAUGAAAGAUAUAGAGUUUUUGGGGUCAUCGCAUAUGACAUGGAAACAGAGGAAGGAGUUGGAAAACCGGAAGGUCGUUUCUCUUGGUGGAAAGCCUCAAAAAACGCAGAAAUUGCCUCUUAGUGUAGCGCGAGUGCAAAUGAAGAAACAAAAGGAAAGAGAGCAGAAAAUGCUCCAAGAGAAUGCAAUACUUGGAAGAUUUGGAGGUUAUCAUCAUAGUAGUGGUAUUAAAAAGGCGACGGAGAGGCGCCGACAGGAGGACACAGUGCUGAAGUCGACUGAAGGUCAUUUCAGAAAUGGUGUCCUUGAUGUCAAAAGUUUAUUGAAACCUUCUGCACCUAGAGUCACCAAUGAAAGCAGCAGCAAACAUAUUAUUGGCAAAGGGAAGAAAAAGAAGGGCGGUAAAAAGAGCCAUGGUAAGAGAAAGAAUGGUGAAGCUCUAGUUUAUCAGAAAGGGAAAGACACUCUUCAUGUUUGUAGGAGCUUGAUGAUUUAG